AUGAUCAACCGACAAAACUCAGAAGCGCAUCACUUGUGGCAUACAAUAUCCAACGGAUACGCUUAUCUAGGACUCAGCCUCAAUAACUAUAGAGGAUUUACAUUUGCAACAGAAGCUUUUCAUUUGGGUCACUUGUCCUCAAUCGCAACCACACCAAAGAUGACGCAACAAGAUGAGCUAAACCAAAUCAAAUCAAAAAUUCAAGAACACUUGGUUGCCUCAGGGAACUACGAUCUCAUCAAUAAGCAGCUCAAACUACAGUUGUAUGAGAGUGGGUGGUAUGACAAAGUGGCACAGAUUGCAAACGAUAGACUAAAUGAGGGAGGUGAUAAAAAGAAAUUGGAGACAAAAAGCUUAGGUGAUUUAUAUGCAUAUGUGAGACCGAAGGCAGAAGAAUCGAUACCGCUAGAGGUUAAAGAGAAUAUCAAGAAAAAGAUUGAAGAGUAUUUGGAUGGAAUUAUUCAAUGA